AUGGCGACGACGAACGCUCCCACGGCGGCUCAGCAGCAACAGCCAACCCCAACGCCAACACCUCCUCCUCCUCCUCCGGCGACGGCGAUCGAUGGGUUAACGACGGACGAGCUAACGGCGAGAGCUCUGAGCAAGAGAUACGAAGGUUUGAUGACGGUGAGGACUAAAGCAGUGAAAGGCAAAGGCGCGUGGUAUUGGACUCAUCUCGAACCAAUCCUCGUACGCAACACCGACACUGGUCUCCCCAAAGCGGUGAAACUCCGCUGCUCCUUAUGCGACGCCGUUUUCUCCGCCUCUAACCCUUCGCGCACCGCCUCCGAGCACCUCAAACGCGGCACGUGUCCCAAUUUCAACUCCGUCACUCCCAUUUCCACUAUCAACCCUUCUCCUUCCUCUUCCUCCUCAACUCCUCCUCUCGUCGCUCACCUCUCGUCGUCACUCAACCGGAAGCGAAACUCCUCCGGCGGCGCCGUCACCACCGCAAUUCCCUCUCGGCUCAAUCCGCCUCAGACUCCCAUCGGAGGCUCUUACCACGUGACGCCGAUUACCGUCGUCGAUCCUUCGAGAUUCUGCGGCGGAGAGCUGCAGUACGCUACGCCGCAUUUGAUGCUCUCCGGCGGAAAAGACGAUUUGGGUCCGUUAGCUAUGCUCGAGGACAGUGUGAAGAAGCUCAAGAGCCCCAAAACGUCGCAGACGCAGUCUCUCACCAGAUCGCAGAUACAAUCAGCUCUGGAAUCCCUCUCCGAUUGGGUCUUCGAAUCUUGCGGGUCGGUUUCUCUAUCGGGUCUGGAGCAUCCAAAGUUCCGAGCUUUCCUGACCCAAGUCGGAUUGCCAAUCAUCUCCAAGCGAGAUUUCGCCACCACGAGACUCGACGUGAAGUACGAGGAAGCGAGAGCAGAGUCCGAAUCCAGACUCCGAGACGCCAUGUUCCUCCAAAUCGCAUCGGACGGCUGGAAAUCAGGAGAAUCCGGCGAGAACCUCGUCAAUCUGAUCGUGAAUCUACCCAACGGGACGAGCCUGUACAGAAGAGCCGUUCUGGUGAACGGAGCUCUGCCGUCUAACUACGCAGAGGAGCUUCUAUUGGAGACGGUGAAGGGCAUUUGCGGAAAUUCACCUCAGAGAUGCGUUGGGAUGGUCUCUGAUAAGUUCAAGACGAAAGCGCUGAGGAAUCUCGAGAGCCAGCAUCAGUGGAUGGUGAAUCUGUCUUGUCAGUUUCAAGCUCUCAACAGUCUGAUCAAAGACUUCGUAAAAGAGCUUCCUUUGUUCAAAUCCGUCUCGCAGAACUGUCUCAGACUCGCAAAGUUCAUCAACAACUCGGCGCAGAUACGAAACGCACACUGUAAGUAUCAGCUGCAAGAACACGGCGAAUCGAUAAUGCUUAGAUUGCCUUUGCAUUGUUAUUACUACCACGAGGAACAGCAACGUGGUAGUAGAAGUAGCUGUGGCGGUGGUAGUAGUAGUAAAGUUUGUAACUUUGAGCCGUUGUUUAAUCUUCUUGAGGAUGUGUUGAGUUCCGCUAGAGCGAUUCAGUUGGUAAUGCAUGAUGAUGCUUGUAAAGCUGUGUUAAUGGAGGAUCAUACAGCUAGGGAGGUUAGAGAGAUGGUCGGAGACGAAGGGUUUUGGAACGAGGUGGAGGCGGUUCACGGUUUGAUCAAGCUUGUUAAAGAGAUGGCUCGGAGGAUAGAGGCAGAGAAGCUUCUCGUAGGGCAAUGUCUCCCUCUAUGGGACGAGCUAAGAGCUAAGAUCAAAGAUUGGGACUCUAAGUUCAAUGUAGGAGAAGGACACGUGGAGAAGCUAGUCGAGAGGAGAUUCAAGAAGAGUUAUCAUCCGGCUUGGGCUGCUGCGUUUAUACUCGACCCUCUUUACUUGGUAAGAGAUAGCAGCGGGAAGUAUCUCCCUCCGUUCAAAUGUUUGUCUCCUGAGCAAGAGAAAGAUGUUGAUAAGUUGAUCACAAGGCUUGUGUCUAGAGACGAAGCACACAUUGCGUUGAUGGAGCUUAUGAAGUGGAGAACGGAAGGGCUUGAUCCAAUGUACGCGCGUGCGGUUCAGAUGAAAGAACGUGAUCCGGUUUCGGGUAAGAUGAGGAUAGCGAAUCCUCAGAGCAGUAGGCUUGUUUGGGAGACGUACCUUAGUGAGUUCAGGUCACUAGGGAAAGUUGCGGUGAGGCUCAUUUUCUUGCACGCCACUACUUGUGGGUUCAAAUGCAAUUCCUCGCUUUUGAAAUGGGUGAACUCGAACGGGAGGUCUCGUGCGGCUAUAGAUCGAGCUCAGAAGCUGAUCUUUAUAUCGGCGAAUUCGAAAUUCGAGAGGAGAGAUUUCUCGAAUGAGGAGGAUAGGGAUGCAGAGCUGCUUGCUAUGGCUAACGGUGGUGGUGAUGACCAUUUGCUAAAUGAUGUUCUUGCUGAUACAUCUUCGGUGUGA